UAAAGUCUUCUAACUCUGCCAGACCAGAGAUAAAUGGCAUUCAAGAAAACUGUAGAACAGCAAAACGGGGAGAAGGAAUGCAGAUCCUGGAAGGAGAACUCUUACUGCAGGCAUUGAAUGGUUUUGUAUUAGUUGUUACCGCCGAUGCUCUGGUUUUUUACGUCUCUUCUACUAUCCAAGACUACUUGGGGUUCCAACAAUCUGAUAUUAUACAUCAGAGCGUAUUUGAAUUGAUUCACACAGAAGACAGACCUGAGUUUCAACGACAGCUACAUUGGGCAUUAAAUCCUGCCCAGUCUGGAGAUUCUGGACCAAGUGGACAAGGAGAUAAUGGCUUUUCACAGCCAGCAACCUAUUAUAAUCCAGAUCAACUUCCUCCAGAGAAUUCUUCCUUUAUGGAAAGGAAUUUCAUAUGCAGGUUACGAUGCCUACUGGAUAAUUCAUCUGGGUUCCUGGCUAUGAAUUUUCAAGGAAGAUUAAAGUUUCUCCAUGGACAAAACAAGAAAGGGAAGGAUGGUGCUGCUUUGUCUCCUCAGCUCGCUCUGUUUGCAGUAGCUACUCCCCUGCAGCCACCAUCUAUCCUUGAGAUACGAACCAAAAACUUCAUCUUCAGAACUAAACACAAACUGGAUUUCACACCUACUGGCUGUGAUGCAAAAGGAAAGAUUGUCCUGGGAUACACUGAAGCAGAGCUAUGUAUGAGAGGAACAGGAUACCAGUUCAUUCAUGCAGCUGAUAUGCUUUAUUGUGCUGAAAAUCAUGUCCGAAUGAUGAAGACAGGUGAAAGUGGAAUGACUGUAUUUAGGCUUCUAACCAAAGAAAAUCGAUGGGCCUGGGUGCAGGCAAAUGCACGUCUUGUCUACAAAAAUGGAAGACCAGAUUACAUCAUUGCUACGCAAAGACCUCUUACAGAUGAAGAAGGGGCAGAACAUCUACGAAAGCGUAACAUGAAAUUGCCCUUCAUGUUUGCCACUGGCGAGGCUGUGUUAUAUGUUUUUAUGUCAAGCCUUAUGGAUCCUUCUAAUCCGAAGAAUAAAAGCACAACAGGAAAAGGAGCCAAAGCAACGCUACAAAAUGAUUCUGUGGAUCCAAACUCCCUGCUAGGUGCCAUGUUGAGGCAAGAUGAGUCUGUGUAUCUCUGCCCUCCAGCAUCACAUAAACUUUCCUUUGAGCGGAACUUCUUUACAGACAGCAGGGAUGAAUUGGGUGGUGGUAGCAGCAGCUGGAUGGAUAAUCUCCUACCUGCUGGAAAUGACAACAUUCUCAAGCGGGAGCUAAUGGAGUGUUCCCAGGACAGUACUGUUCCACUCCCUGAAGACAGUGCAGCACUCUUUCAAGAUAACAAAACCAGUGAUUUGUACAACAUCAUGAAAAAUCUGGGUAUUGACUUUGAAGAUCUAAUUUAGCAGGAUGAAGAGUUUUUUAAAACUGAAUUAUCUGAUGUGGAUGAUAUUGGGGAUAUCAACAUAACUAAUGAAAUCCUGACUUAUGUUCAGGAUUCCUUAAAUAAGUCUGACUUCUUAUAUUCAGGCUGUAACCAACAGCAGUCCUUGGUCCAGAAUGAAGGUUGCUUGGUACAGCCAGAGUUAGAUCCACAUCAAUUUCAUCAGCACCAGAAACAGCUUAUGGAGCAGCAACAGCAGCAGCAGCAACUCUGUCAAAAGAUGAAACAUAUGCAAGUCAAUGGGAUGUUCACAAGUUGGAGCUCUGGCACUAGCAUGCCUCAUAGCUGCUCACAGCAGCAGCCCCAGCAAUAUGAAUUCCCUGGCAUGCACACAACUACAUCCGAGUUCUCUUACAAAUCAGAAGUAAACACUUCCCCAUAUGCGUGUAGGCAAGAGUUUAUCCCUUACAAGCAACCCACAGCAACGAUGCCACAGCUUUCUAAUUUCUCUCCAAUGGAUUUCCCUGUAGCAGGUUUUGACAGAUCAACCUAUUCUGCUUCUUCCAACUUGGAGGAUUUUCUCAGUUGCUUGCAGCAAGUCCCUGAAAAUCAUGAGUGUGGGAUAAACUCUGAGCCUGUUACGCUAACUCCUCAAACAUGCUACGCGGGCGCUGUUUCUAUGUACCAGUGUGCGCAAGAAGCACAGCCCAGCUGUGUGGAUCAAAUGCAGUAUGAUCCUAUGAUGACAAGUCAACAAACCUUGUUGAACAAGUUCCAAAACGGUUUCAAUGGAGGAAAUGUAAAUGAAGCAUAUCCCUCUCAGUUAGAUGUGAUCAGUAACACGCAGACUGCCACACAUCUUCAGCCUCUUCAUCAUCCGACAGAACCCAGAUCCUUCUCAGAUCUGGCAUCUAGUGGAUUUAUGUGAUUCAGAUCUAGAGCUCCAUCUGUGAUUUUGUCUGGGCGUCAGGCUGCUCUGAGAAAAGGCUCUUGAUAAGUCUCUUUGAGCAUUGGACUUUAACAGCUAAAUUACAUUUUGAGAACACGAGGUUGGUUGCACUAUAUACUGGUGGAUAUGUAAUCCAAGACCUGGCUUUUUAGAGUGACAGGUGGAAUUAAAACUUCUGAUUGAAAGUACGCAUAUGCUGUUUUCCAUCAGAUUGACUGUGUCAUUGCAGUAUGGAUUACGUAUGUAUUACAGACUAUGUCAUGCUAUACAACAUAAGAUAAGGCAAAUGGUUUUGUUAUUUAGAAAAUAAUUGGGCACUUUACAAAUAGCAUCAAUGGCACAAGAAAGAUGAUUUCACACUUGGAUUAUUUCCAGACUUUAUUUUUUAAAAACUAUUAAAAAGCUCUGAAUUCAUGAGAAUCAAAAGCACUUAAUUUUAAUGCAUACUAAGCUCUUUAAUCACUUAUUUUAUAUUUAAAUCCUUUUGUUUUAAGUCUCCAUUUCUAGCACUUUAAUAGAAGGCUUAAUACAAGGAUAUGAUAUGCAACUUCAGGUUUUCUACAAAACAGACCCCUUACAUUCCUCCUUUUCUUGUCAACCUUAAGUGCCUCACAGUUUAGCUACCUUGUUUCUGAUGGGAGCUUAUUUUAGCAAAACUCACUAUUAUGUGUCAUCCAUAUUAUGUGAACCUUAGAACAUUUACAGUGCUACUGGCUGUAUCGGGGGUUUUUUUUCCCUAAAGAUAAUUUGUUCAGAGAAUGACUUAAUUCUUUAUCUGUGGAUUUAU